AUGCCUAGCGAGACUGCUACAGGUGACUUUGGUCCAGCACCCCCUGGGCUAGAUCUGACAGAGAAUCAGACAGGCAACUUGUUGGGAGCAGUUAUUCCUGUAGCGGUGCUCGCGACCACUGCAGUUGUAUUGCGAGUAGUCGCGCCAAUGAAGACCAAAGAGGUCAGAAAAUUAGCUAUAGAUGACUACCUCAUCAUUGCAGCUCUUUUCUUCUCUUGGGGAACAGCAAUAUCUUGCUUCAUAAGCAUUCCGUAUGGCAACGGCUAUCAUUUGCAAUCCGUGACAAAAGCAGAGUUUAAUACUGUUUGGAAAAUCCUUUUCGCCUAUGUCAUGAUUUACGCUACAGCCGUCACCUGCACCAAAGCCUCGAUCGUCUUAUUUUACGGCCGCAUCUUCAACUUUCGUUGGUCACUGGGCAUCUGCAUGUUUUUGGUCCUUGGGUAUUGGAUCACCAUUAUCGUCACGGUUGCGGUGGCCUGUCGACCACUGCCAUAUUUCUGGCUAGUCUACACGGAUCCAACAGCCAUUGGUGUAUGCAUUGAUGUGCCCACAUUCUUUUUCGCCAAUGGAAUCGGUGCUAUGUUGAUUGAUGUGAUAAUACUGUGUAUGCCGUUGCCAACAAUUUACAAGUUGCAGAUGCAAUUGUCGCAGAAGGUAGCAGUCGUGGGUAUCUUGCUCUUAGGAAGUUUUGUUUGCGUCGCAAGUAUUUGCCGGAUCAUCACGCUUCAGGACAACACCCACGGAACAGACGCGACAUGGACUAUCGCGCCUGUAUUUAUCUGGUCAUCCGUGGAACCGUUUGUUGGGAUCAUCUGCGCAUGCCUCCCUACGUUUGGGCCUUUCUUUCGUCGGUGGUGGUCUAAAGUUCGGACGCGCUCAUCAAAUGGUCGCAGUACCGAUCCAAACGCUGAACUUUCAUCCGAGACAACGACAUGGCUCCGAAAACCCCGAGUAAAAAAGCCAGCCAAGGACUCAUUAUUCAGUAUCAACGACUUUGGCUGUGUAGAUGAGGUCCAAUUGAUGAAUGAUAUCAAUGCCACUCGGUCGCUGGGGGACGAGGCUGCGAGUGACCACCAGGACGUCGAGCGAGGCUGUAUCACAGUCCAACAAGAUGUGGAAGUGACAUGGGCUAAGUACAAAACUGGCAAAAAAGCCGACUUGGCCUUUAAGUAUCACAAAGGGCCCUGA